AUGAUCGGCUUCCAAAAGAAAGACUUAAUCGACCUUGAUCUACCACACAACGACGCCCUUAUCAUUAGCAUUCAAAUUGCUCAGGCCAUGGUUGACCGAAUCCAUGCAGACGAGGGCAGUGCAGCCAACAUCCUACAAUUGGCAGUCAUCCAACAGAUGGGCUUAGAGACAAAGAUCAACAAAUCAGCCAAGUCGCUGACUGGCUUCAAUGGCGCAACAACGGUUAUUAUGGGCAUGACAGAUCUUGACGUCUACUCCCAACCUGUAAUCAGCUCGCAAACGUUCAUGGUCAUUGAUGAAGUCUCACCCUACAAUGGCAUUCUGGGCAAACCAUGGAUCGGCCAGAUCAACCCCAUCACCUCUACCACACAUCAGAAGAUCCGCUACCCAAUCCCUAGGGGUGGUAUCGACCAAAUUAACAGCGAUCAGGCAAUGGCGAGGAAAUGCUCAGCUCAAGGGCUGAAAAAAAAAGCAGGCAAACGCAAUUCCUCCAUGUGA